GUACGGCAGCCGGUACGGCCGUACCAGUUAUUCACGCUGUAUUCGGAAAGUGUGUACUUAAGCGUGUGUUUUUAUCUGCAACCGGGCUAUUUGAGGGCAUGAAGAGAAGGAUUACUUGGUGAAGAUCCAGCCCAUGUGAGGACAGUAGAGAUGGCUCUGGAGCAGCUCAGUGAUGUGGUCCAGAGAUGUCAGGCACUCCCAGAUGACAGCUACAGCUCAGAGGAUCAUGAUGUGUUCACUGUAGCGGGACGGAGCUGCAUCGAGGAGGGACACAGCCCGCAGGUCCUCAGCAUCGUCCUGGAUGAAAAGAAUCAGAGCGUGGUGAGGAGUAUGGGCUGGAACCUGCUGCCGCCGCUGGUUCAGGUGCUGCUGAGGAAAGACGACAAACAUCUCCCUCAGUGCCUGGCCAUUUUUAACCAUCUGUUAGAGACCUGCGGACCUAAAGAGUUGCUGAUUGGCCUUCUGGAGCUGCUGGAACAUGACGAUGCCGACAGAAUCGCCGAAAGUCUCCAUCUGCUUCUGAACCCGCUACAGAAAGUGCUGCUGCGCCUGGGCGGCCGGAAGGCGUCCUCCCUGGGUAUGACCCUGUCCUCCGUCCUGGACCAGCUGGCCAAGCUGCCCGUCCCCGACACCAAGGAGCAAGAAGAGGACGAUGUCUUUUCGCUCGGCCGCUGCUGCGCCGACCUCGCGCGGUUUGUCGGGCCCUUUGCGCAGGAGGCAAGACUGAAUCAGAGCAGCGUGAAUCAGCUGCGGAACUCCCACAAGACAGCAGGUGAACAGGAGGAGGGAGCUGAGGACGAGCUGAGGACAGAACUCCUGAAGUUCUGCAUGAAGACCCUGAGCCACCCUCUGCUGGACGUACAGAUCUGGGAUCCAGACACGCUGCCUCUGUCUCCACUCCGGACUUUUGCUGCAGAGAUUCUGGACAUUCUGGGCGCUGUCGGAGAGUCUCUCCCAGGUCUGGUGUUCCACCCUCUGCUUAAGAAGAAAGAGGUUCCGGGCUUCCUGGAGGAGGAGGUCCGUUAUCCCAAAAAUUCCCUGGCCUGCUUGGCACACCUGGUUUUCGUCCAUCACCUGGCGGCCGAUACUUUCCCCAGUGUUUUCAGCCCCGUCUUCUGUCUGCGCUGCAACAUGGAGCACAUUUCCAUUCUUCUGUCCCGAACUGAGACCUCCAGGCUACAGAAAGGACUGGAGCUGUAUGAGAAGAGUCUGGUGCGGGUGGAGGAUGGCAGUCUGCCAGCGGAUCUGCUCGAGAUCAAAACCUUCCUCACCGUCCCUCAGAACUUAGUAAAGGUUAUGACAAUUUGCCCCAAGCAUGAUCUGAGGACUAAAGGACUGAAGGUGUUCCAGCUCAGCAUCGAUAAGUUCAACACUGAAGCCAAGUACAGAUUUUUCCAAUACAUGCUCAGGACUAGCAGCCACUCAGGAGUAGAAGGCUACAUCAUUAAAAACAUCAAGAAUCAGAUCGAUGCAGCUCUGCAGCCGGGUAACGGUAACAUCUGGUUUGAGGGAGUUCACCUGCUGCCUUUGCUGCGCAAGGUAUUUAGUCUUCCCGACGGCCCAGAGACGGAUCUCCUGCAGUACCUGGACAGAGUCAUGGAGUCUCUGAACCUGCUGCGUUAUCUGGUCAUCAGAGACAAAGUAACAGAGAACCAGACCGGCGUCUGGACCGAGCUGUAUAAAAUAGAAGAUACGUUCAUGAAGCCUCUGCGUGUCGGCGUGAACAUGUCGAGAGCCCACUACGAGAGGGAGCUGCAGGACACCAGGGAGAAGAAAAAGAAAAACACCAAAGAGGACUCGGUGCUGUCUGUAUCUGUUGGUGGGGAGAAGCUGCCAAAAAUGACGUCAGAAUCUCAGAUUCAGGCUCUGCACUCGGCGCUCCACACAUUCGACAUGAUCGAGAGCGUGUUGGUGCGGAUAGAGGAGCUGGUGGAGGUGAAGGACGGCCUGGAAACUGCAGGAGAGCCCCAACUUCUCAGGGCCUAACAAAACAAAAGGGGGCGGGGCCUAAUAUGUAAAUGUAUCAUUUCAAACCACUCGACUGUUGUUUCUCCUCCCUGUUUCAGAAAGAUUUUCUAUGAUGAAAGGGUCAGCUCUUGUACCUUGUGUAUAUUCUGAUAGAGCUGUAACUGAUAAUAAAAAACAAAGUUUCAUA